AUGUUACUGAACGCGUCAGUUGCCAUCUUGACAAUGGAGUUCCUCGUGCACAACAUCUCGCACUCGGACCUGGUGGUGGAGCUCUCGUGGCUGCGGGAGGACGGCGCGGCCGCCAGCAGCAACGGCGCGACGGUGCCCACCGCCCGCCAGCCCGUCGCCAGCGUGGACGUGGACGGCGCGUCCGUGCCGCUGUCGGUGCUGGGCCGCCCGAAGUUCAGUCUGUUCCAGCAGACCAGCCAGCAUAUUCUCGAGCGCGUGCAGCAGCUCCGCCAUCCCAAGCGCGAGACAGAGCAGCCUACGCAUGCGGCGGCGGUGCUGACCGUCCCCGAAGGACUGGAGACGCCGUCGCUGCUGCAUCCGUCUCUGCUGGACAUCGCAAACACGCCGGGCGAGCGAUGGAAGGCGCGAUGCCAAGACACACAGUCGCCUAUUGGCUUUAACCUGGCAGACGCCCCAAUCCCCAUCAGCAAUGGAGAACUAUUGACAGAUUUCCAGUUGCGAGGCGAAGUGGAGACCACGAGACUCGUGGAAAAGCAUUGGGACCGAGUGGGUAUCACGGCCGUCUACUUCCCGUUAGUGGCGUUGCUGUUGCCAAAGUGGACGCAGGUGUUGAAAGAAUUCCAAUCAGAAAGCAGUCGCCAAUUGGUGUAUCUUAUCAGCGGAGCAGGCAUCCCUCGCAACGUGGAGCACUCGCGCAGUGGCAACUCGACAGAGAUCACGGCACAGCUCAUUGUGCUGUUCGUGCACCAGUAUUACCCGCAUAUGACUGCGAUCCAAGUGCAUUCCGGGUCGAACAUCUUCCGGUUCGAUGACAACGUGCAGUUCAUGACCCGAGAGCUGAGACCGUUGCUAGAGGCACAUCGAGAGACGCUCGUGGAUCGCUGUGGGGAGGCGUGGAAGUCGCACUUUCACGUCACCAUCGCGUAUGCCGACGGGCCGCCGGCGCGACUGAGUGCGUUGAAUGCCUCACUACGCAUGUACAGCCCGUCGUAUCUCCACAUCUGGCAGUUGAAGACGUUCUGGCACGAACGCAAACUGUCCAUGGCAGACGUGGACUUCCACUCGUUCGAGAACAUCGAGGCGUCCCCGUUAGUGGCGCCCAGCAAGGCCGACGCCAUGACGCAGAUGAUCGUGCGAGAAAUGAGGAAAUUCCGCGACCAGUUCCUCGCGGCCGAAGGCGAAGGAGAAGUGGCUGGCUUCUGGUUGCGCAAGUCGCGCAAGCCUGUACUUGCCGUGCUGUUGAUUGAAAAACCGGCGGCCGAACUGGGCGGUCGCCCUACUAUCGUAGUGCAGCGAGGCAUGAACUGCGAGGUGUCCAUGCCCACAGGCUCGUUGUGUGCCGAGCGCAACGCUAUCGGCAGCGCACUGGCCAGCGACCCAACGCUGACGCGCCGCGCCUUGAAGAUGAUCGCCGUGCUGGGGUUAAACCUCACGGCAGGGGGCAACAUCAGCGUAACCAGUCCGACGGCAAGCGAGGAUACAGCAGACGACAAGAAGGAGCCAUCUGACAGCGCUACGUUUGACAAAAAGACUUCAACUGCAGUCGAGCCUGCCAAUUCGCAGGUGCUGCCCGUGCGGGUCCGUCCUACGGCUGUGCAGAGCUCACGAUCCUCAGCCGCGGUGAAUAAUUUAAGUGUUGAUGAUGCAGGGCGAGGACGAGGCAGAGGAAAGCGCGCGCUGGAGACGAAGAACGCCAACUUGACGUCUCCGAGAAAGCCCAAGCGGCCUCGAACGUUCUCGUUCGACGAGGUGGCCGUGGAAGAGAUGAUGCGAGCGAGCGCACCCCCGGACCGGAAUCCGCUGGCGCCCUGUGGAGCCUGCAAAGAAUGGCUCGUCAAGAUCGCCGAGGCCAACCCGUCAUUCCGUGUAGUCACGUUCGAGAACUCGCGCUGCCGGAACGUCUACAUCAACCAGCUCAUGUGA